UAAAAUCUCAGAAAAUAUUCUCAUAACAGUUUCGAAGAUGAAACAAAUUCAAUCUUGUUAAAGAUGAAGAUGGGGAAGAUGAUCGAUCCCCUAUUGAAACCCUAAAUCCCUAAACCCUUCGUGGAUUGGUUGAUCUUAAUUAUCCCGUUCCCACUGCCACCGUCGCCACGGCGGAAGCACCGCGGAGUAGCGGCGACCUCCGGCGUUCUCCGCCGAUGAAGGCAUUCGAUCCGGCGGUUCCGUUCUAUGGGCUUCCACCACCGCAGCUAUCCUCCGUCAGCAUUGGCAAAAGCGCCGGCAAUAUCUCUAGAACUAUGAGCAAUUUAGCCCAAAAUCGUUCCUUUGAUUACGAGGGCUAUGCUUACGAGUUCUCUCGACCUGAAGAUCUCCGUCAGGAAGACAAUCAGACGCCGCAGUUCGAUGAUUCUUUUAUUGCAUUGCCCGACUCUAUUGUUCAUCAAGCAACAGCACAAAAGCUUUUUCACAAUGGCCUAGUGGGUGAUUCUUAUGAGAAUAGUUAUCAACACCAAGAUUACUAUUACAACGACCACGAGAAUGCACAUCUCCCUGGCUUCCAUUCAGAACCACAGCGCGAUGCCCAGUUCUCAAGGGCUUAUCAUGGGUGUCCAACUCAUGAUGUUUCAGGUCUGAAAUUUCAUCAACCAUAUGACCAAACAGACUCCGAAGGCAACUAUGAUAGAAUCUCUCAACUUUUGUCAACUUCAGUUGCAAACCUUCACAAAUUACCCAAUGAUUUUAACGAAGAUUCUGUGGAAGGGAAAUGCAUUGGCGAGGGAUACCUUUUUGAGAAAAUUCUACAUGAAGCAAAAAAUUCUGGAUCAUAUUUAGGAAGAUCUAAGAAUUCCAACUUAAUGGAGAAAGAUGCGGCCCAUAUUUUUGAAACAAAUGUUGGCCACUUCAGUUCUGGAUACAAUGCUCCAGGAAUUGAUAAUCUGAUUCAAAGUCUCCUUCAAACAGAGAUACAAAAGCAAACUCAAAAUGCGCAGCCUGUUCAGAAUACAACCAAGACAGUUGAAACUGAAGAGAAUUAUAAUCACUUCCCAUACUGCUGGAGUUAUGGGGAGCAGUUGAAAGUUGAACUGCUACAGGCUAUUUCUUCAUUAACAGCUCAUAUUGGUCGUUUGGAAAUUCAGGUGGAACAUCUUACGCAUCAAGUACAAGAUAUGUCUAACAAACUAUCUGAUGAAAAUAAGCUUAAAGCUCCAAUUUUAGAUCAGUCUGGUGACUCUAAAGCAGCUUUUGAAGAAUCCAAAAUCACUUCAACGGCUGUUGAAACCCCAGAGAGUAAGCUUUUCAUUGAAACUGAAGCGUCUUAUCAGAAGCUAGAUGAGUCUGCAUCUGAUUGGGAAAUUAUUUGAUCUGAAGCUCUCAUUUCUUUUAAAUUUUUAGUAGAAAACAAGGAAUAUGAUCUUAUCUAUUAAAUAUAGAAGUUGUUGUGAGGUUUGUGUGUUUAUGAUUUCGAUCAUGGAUCCUUCUACUAUAAUUUUUUGCUGGAGCUAACAUUGCAGCUCAGAUACUUUGGUUGACAAUAUAUUGUUGAUUUUAUUUGUUUUUA